CGAGCCCCGCGCCCGCAGCCGCCAGAGCGCGGGGCGCAGCGCGGCGGCCGGGAGUCGGGAAGACUCUGGACCAAAGUGAGAGCUGGAAGCGUGUGAGUUUAAUGAGGAACGGAGGCUGGACGGCAUGGGGGCCCUGUCCACCGGGGCGGUCCCUCCAGAACAGCGAGCACAGCUCACGCCCACCGAGCAGAGGCCACGGGGGACUGGCUGGGUCAGGGUGGUCCUGGGGCCCGCACGGGCAUCGACUGUGGCCUUGUCCAGAACAAACCAGCCACUGGACUACCCUCGGGCGGCUUCUGUAGCUGCCUCUUGCGCCCCCCGGGCGGAGAUGCCUCAGCACUCGAUGGGGGACAAGACCCUGGUCUCCAAGCCGCAGCUGGUCUUCCCAAGCCAACCCUCAGCCGCAGACGGCGGGUGCGGCCACGGACCGCCCAGCAGGCGGGCUUCCCUCGGCUCACCCCGGAGCCACGGCGCCCUGGGUCCUGCCGUGCACAGCCCCCUGGACGCCUGCAGCCAGCCACUGUGCCCGCUGCAGGCUGAGAAGCACGGCCCCCGGACGCCCCCUGAGAUGCGCUACGUGGCGGCCAGGCCACAGAGCGCGGCGUGCGGCUGGGGGGCCUUCGCUCCCAGGUGCCUGCAGGCCUUCAACACGCCCCGCGGCUUCCUGCUCUUCCUGUGCGCGGCGGCCUUCCUGCAGGGCAUGACCGUCAACGGCUUCGUCAGCACCGUGGUCACCUCCAUCGAGCGCCGCUUCGACCUGCACAGCCACCAGAGCGGCCUCAUCACCAGCUGCUACGACGUGGCCGCCUGCCUGUGCCUCACCUUCGUCAGCUACUUCGGGGGCGGCGCGCACAAGCCCCGCUGGCUGGGCCGGGGCGUGCUGGUCCUGGGCGCCGGCUCGCUGCUGUUUGCGCUGCCGCACUUCACUGCGGGCGCCUAUGAGGCCGAGGUGGCCGAGGGCGUGGGGACGUGCCGGGCCAACCGCAGCGUGGCGUGCCGGGACCGCGCCUCGGGCCUGUCCGGGUACCGGGUCGUCUUCAUGCUGGGCCAGUUCCUGCACGGCAUGGGCGCCACGCCGCUCUACACGCUGGGCGUCACCUACCUGGACGAGAACGUCAAGUCCAGCUACUCCCCGGUCUACAUCGCCGUCUUCUACACCGCCGCCAUCCUCGGCCCAGCCGCCGGCUACCUGAUCGGAGGCGCCCUGCUGAACGUUUACACCGAAAUCGGCCGCCGGACGGAGCUGACCACCGAGAGCCCACUGUGGGUCGGCGCCUGGUGGGUGGGCUUCCUGGGGGCGGGGGCCGCCGCCUUCCUCACCGCCAUCCCCAUCCUCGGCUACCCCCGGCAGCUGCCAGGCUCCCAACGCUACGUGGUCAUGAGAGUGUCUGAAACACACCAGUCGAAGGACAGCAGUCACAAGGCUGCCAGCAGCCCCGACUUCGGGAAAACCAUCAGAGAUCUGCCUCUCUCCAUCUGGCUCCUCCUGAAAAACCCUGCAUUCGUCCUGCUGUGUCUGGCUGGGGCCACCGAGACCACGCUCGUUGCCGGCAUGUCCACCUUUGGUCCCAAGUUCCUGGAGUCCCAGUUUAGCCUGAGCGCCUCAGAAGCCGCCACCUUGUUUGGGUACCUGGUAGUGCCAGCAGGCGGCGGUGGAACGUUUCUGGGCGGCUUCCUUGUGAACAAAUGCAGGCUCCGCGGUGCGGGUGUCGUCAAGCUGUGUGCACUCUGCACCCUGACCAGCCUGCUGGCCACCUUCGUGUUCUUCGUCCAGUGCCCCAACGUGCCCAUGGUGGGGGUGACAGCCGACUACAACGGCAGGCCCCUGCCCAAAGGCCACCUGGAGCUGACGGCCGCCUGCAACGCCCCGUGUGCCUGUCGCCCCGAGCACUACAGCCCCGUGUGUGGCUCCAACGGCCUCACCUACUACUCCCCCUGCCACGCGGGCUGCCCCGGGGAGGCGGCGCCUGGCGCGGACGGCCGGAAGGUAUACCGAGACUGUAGCUGUAUCCCUCAGAAUUUUUCCUCUGGUUUUGGCCAUGCUACUGCAGGGAAAUGCACUUCAACUUGUCAAAGAAAGUCCCUCCUUCUGGUUUUCGUAUUCGUUGUAAUUAUCUUUACAUUCCUCAGCAGCAUUCCUGCACUGACGGCAACCUUACGGUGUGUCUGUGACCGGCAGAGAUCCUUUGCAUUGGGAAUCCAGUGGAUUGUGGUUAGAACUCUAGGGGGCAUCCCAGGGCCCAUCGCCUUCGGCUGGGUGAUUGACAAGGCGUGCCUGCUCUGGCAGGACCAGUGUGGGCAGCAAGGCUCCUGCUUCGUGUACCAGAACUCGGCCAUGAGCCGGUACAUGCUCAUCACUGGGCUGGUGUACAAGGUGCUGGGUUUCCUGUUCUUCACCACCGCCUGCCUCUUGUACAAGUCCCCCUCAGAGUCUCCCGAUGGCCUGGCAGCUUCUCUGCCCAGCCCGUCCUCGGCCUCCGACAGCCCCGUGGACCUCCGGGGCUCCCGCUCGGCCCCAUGGCUGCAGAGCGCCGUCUGACGGCGCACCCCUCCAUCCACGGGCACUUCCCGAGAAUGCUGUCGGAUUUCUCCCUGGAAGGACUGACCCCUCACCGGUUGGUCCCCCUCCGUGCUGAGGACCCCCCCAGAAACCUCCCAUUGGAUUCCAAGGGUCCUGAGCUGGUGGCGGACGCGUGUGAGUCACAGACACCAGGGAGAGCAAGCAGGGCACGUGCAGACUGGCACACCUCUAGCCCAGACCCUGGGGACCAGGGUGAUGGUCCCUCCAGCUCGGGAAGGAUGAGGCCCAGCAGCCAUUCCAUUCCCACUUCCCGCUCCGUGAAGGACACAGCCACAUGUCACUGAAUUUCCCCUGGACACAUCAGAACCAUCUAUGCAAUCUUACCUGAGCUGUUUGUUCUAGAAGAUCAAAGAGGCCUGCAGGCCUGGGCGUGGCUCCCGGAGGUCACCCUCCUGUCCCGGAGCCUGGGGAGCACCCCCCGCCCCCGCCUUCCCCGCGCACACAGGCCUUAUGUGUGGCUCCAUCGAAAGCACUGGAUGAAAGGAUGCUCUGGCCCCCAGCGCAGGGCUGACCACCGGCCAUGCUUCCCAGCGGCUUCUGUCCACAACACCCUGCUGGCCUGCCGGGCCUGACGUCCCGGUUCCUCCUGAGCAUAGGGCACAGGCGUGAGGCCAUCCGCAUGGGCACGGGCCCGCGGGAGCCGCCUUCUCGGGGUGUCCAGCUUGCCCCCCUCCCGUCCUCAGAGCGGCAGCACUCCGCAGGCUCAUGGGAACGCAGCCGCCGGUCACAGCGGGACUUCGCAGAGUGUCUGUUGUCGGGUGUCCUCCGUUAAAAUGAUGUGUGUAUAAAUAUAUUUUAAUACCUAAAACCUA